AAGAUAACAUUAAACAUUAAAAAUGUAGAGAAAGAAAAGGAUCGGUUUCCGUAUCAUAGGUAUUUUAUUGUUUUCUAAAUACAUAAAGUCCAAUACGAUACAUUUCAUAAGCAUAUUUUGAGAGAUGAAACAAUUGAAGUAUACGAUGGCGGGAUUGCAAGAAACAGAAAAAAUGGUUCAUUCUAUGAACGCUCAAUUUGUAACAUAUUUAGAGAAACAUCGCAUAUACGAAUUAUUUUACGAAAUCGCCACUCAGCUAGUAAUUCAAAAGCCCGACGACCAUCUUGUAUUUAUGAAGCAAUAUCUUCAACUUGCCGCAAAAAGACUGGAUGUUCCAAAAAUUAUUCUUAUAGCGCCUCCAAAUUUUGAUCGAUUGACUUUAGCAAAAGUUCUUCAGGAGGAACUAGGCGUCUGUCCUUUAACUUUGAAAGACCUACGCAACGCAUGUUGUCAGGAGGAAAACGUUUGCCACUGCGAGGAAUCGGAAGAUCUCGCCUUGGAAAUGAAAAAGAUUUUGGAGAACGGAAGUUUACACGAAUGUGGAUGGUUGCUCGUAGAUUUACCAAGAACAAAAAACGAAGCGAAAAUAUUUCUACGUGUCGGUAUAAUACCAACUCACGUGAUACAGCUUAUAGUUUCGGAUGAAUUUAAUAAAAAUGAAAACUGGAAACAUUUUUGCAUGGAUGCCUCUUACCAACAAGCUUUUACGUCAACGAAUGCUUCGAAAAAUUCGAAGAACCGUCGUUAUUUGAAGCAUUUACGGGGAUUGCGAGAAGUAUAUGGAAAUUCUUUAAUUGAGGUCGAGGUUGGUAUCAGAACCAUCGAUGAACUUGGAAAGGAUUGCGCAAAAUUGGCAAAGACGAAGAAACAUUCUGGAGCACCGUCACUCUUUCGUAUCGUGCUCAUUGGAUCAAGAGGAUCCGGUUGUACUACAUUAGCAAAAUACUUGGCUGAACGAUUCAACCUCGUUCAUAUCGACUAUGAUUAUAUCGCCGAACAAGCACGUCUGCAAAAGAAUCCUUUGGGAGAAAUGCUUCGAUUGUUCGAAUACAAAUGGGGACAGAGACCCAAGCCCGAGAUUAGAAUACAGAUCGUCGAAAAACAUAUUGCCGAAUACGAGUGUUUGAAAAGAGGGUGGGUUUUGACUGGAUACCCAAAGACCGUGGAAGACUUUAAACUAUUGGAUUUAAAUUCUACCCCUCCAAAUAGAGUAAUAUUUAUUGAGGUGAACAGUGACAUCUGUAGAGAAAGACUGCUCAAUCGUCGGUACAAUAUUUUCACUGGAAGCAAGCACAACUUAUCCAAGGAGGAUCAUGUUGGUAUGGAUGACUGUAAAUUAGGUAUACAUCCUAAAGAUUACAGACUAAUCAUUGAACGAGAUCUUCAAGAGUAUGAAGAACAUGUAAUCGAUAUGAUGCAGUAUGCAGGUGAAUCUGCUGUAAAGAUUAAUGGGAACGGGGAUGAAAAAACGACGCGUGAAAAAGUAGAAUCAUGUCUAAUGCGUCCAGCACCACCCUGCGCAUCAAGAAUACCAAGACCUCCGCCUGAAAUCGAUCCAAUGGAUAUUGAAUUUGAACUAGACGAUGAUCUCGAUUCCGGCUUGUUGAAUGAUGUGCACGUACCUGAACCUGCAUACACCUUUGUUUAACACCUUAAUUGCUAUAGGGAAAGUGGCCAUAUGUAUAGUCGUGUUAAGCUUCACCCUCUACGAGGGUGGAAAAGGAGAUGCCCCUAACGUGUCCUGUUAUCCUGGCACACGAGGCAUCUCGUUUUCGCAACGUCACAACCCAGACGAUCCUUUAACACGUACAAUAUUCAAUCAUGAUCCUGUACAUGGAAUGCUCCUUCGUGGGAAUAAAUUUCAGUAAAAAAGUUCAAUUUAUAUUUUCAAUUAUUUAAGUUAACUAUACAUUAACUGGAACGUAUACUAUGAUUACUAUUUCACGGUAAAAGGUAAUAGAGUAUUGUUACAGAGAAGAGAAAAUUGAGUUAAAGAUGUAUGCCUAUAUUAACAAGGAUAAUUGCCUCAAACGCGAAGCAUAUUUCCGGAUCAAGGUGGUAUAGAAUGGGACAGGUUGCGCGUAGCUGCAGAAUAGGAACGUAACUUGCUAGGUCCGAUUAUCGAUCGGAACUCCUUUCCGUAAAGCUAUCUAGAUACCGGAAGGGAACAGGAAGUUGAAAUUUAGGAAAGCAUAGGCAAAUGGAGGUAGAUCGUAAGUAAGUUCCGCACGAACAAGAAAAAAAAACAUUCCAUCGAGCACACACCAUGAACUAAAACGGAAAAGCUUUCGAGACCAGCGUCAAAAUGAUACCCAUACGUAGAAGCGUUUGUCCUGAUCUUAGGGCAACAGUUCUAUGAGAAGGCGGAUAAACCAACAUGUGCAAACAGUAAGAUACAUAUCAAACUAUUAGAAGGACUUCAAAAGGCAAAUUAAGCUGAAGUAUUAGGAUAGAAGAACACAUAUGGAAUACGACGGAAUGUCCUCGAUCCUCGACGCUAUCCUGCUGAGACGACUGCAUUCCUAUCCCUUGUGAACGUCACGAGUAUGCGUUGAAGAUCGCAUACUCCGUAACCAGAAUACAUGAUCGUUCCUCGAGCUUCCAGCGACUUUCGAACGUCAAGCAUUCCGUCGACCAGGACUGCAUGCAACGUAGAAUUUCAUCUCACAAUCGGUCGAUCGAACGGAAUGUUUCCAUCCCCUUUCGAAGGUGCACAGGGAACAGUGUCCUGCCAAAACCCGUCAAUGUUCUGUCACUCGUCAACCGCAUGGCGCCAGAAGCAUCCACAUUACCAGGACCCCAUAACUCAUCAACAAUCUAUCCAUGGUUCCCGCGGUUUCCGAGGUUCCAGGACUUCGAUUCCCGGAAUAACCGUGUUUCACUCCAGCCAGGAUAACAGGAGCCUAGCAACCGUCUAUUCGAACCUUGCUCCUUGCGUUCUUCGCGAAUAUAAGAAUUUAAUGCUCUUCUAAGAACACAGUUUAGAAGUUUUCGUCGGAGGAGCUUCGUUGUCUUCUGUGCAUCUUAAUUUCGACUGCGUGUCACAGGCGAUCAUAAAACGAGCCGCGCGUGCUGCCGAAAAAAAAUUCCAGAUAUUCGGAUGGAUUUCCGAUAGCAGACAAUAUAGCUGGCACAAGAUUCAGAGGACGAUUCGGCAGUUCAUUCGGAUUCCGAGGAUACAAUCGAUCCUGGAAGUAGUCCGUGCACGCGAUUGGAGAGUCCUCCGCCGACGCUUUCGCCUUCGCCGGCGCCAGCAACUUCCGGCAAGUC